CCCCGGCUCCCCGCCCCGAUCCCGGGGCGGCGGCGAGGAUGCAGCACCCGCUGGAGCUGGGGGCCGCGCACUACUUCCCGGCCGAAGCCUUCCCCGACCACCGCUCGCACCGCUACCGCAGCUUCAUGAUCGAGGAGAUUCUCACCGACCCCCCGGACGCCAAGGAGGCCGCGCCGGCCGGGGAGCUGCUCAAGUUCGGGGUGCAGGCGCUGCUGUCCGCCCGGCCCUACCACAACCACCUCGCGGUGCUGAAGGCGGAGCCGGCCGCCGUGUUCAAGUUCCCGCUGGCUCCUUUGGGCUGCUCGGGGCUGGGCUCGGCGCUGCUGGCCGCCGGCUCGGGGCUGCAGGGCGGCUCCGCCUCGCCCCAUCUCCCACUGGAGCUGCACCUCCGCGGCAAGCUGGAGCCGGGCCCCCCGGAGCCGGGCAGCAAGGUCAAGAAGGGCCGCCGCAGCCGCACCGUCUUCACCGAGCUGCAGCUCAUGGGGCUGGAGAAGCGCUUCGAGAAGCAGAAAUACCUCUCCACGCCCGACAGAAUAGACCUGGCCGAAUCGCUGGGGCUCAGCCAGCUCCAGGUGAAAACCUGGUACCAGAACAGGCGCAUGAAAUGGAAGAAAAUAGUGUUGCAGGGGGGCGGCCUGGAGUCCCCCACCAAACCCAAGGGCCGCCCCAAGAAGAACUCCAUCCCCAGCAGCGAGCAGCUCUCGGAGCAGGAGCGAGCCCGGGACGCCGAGAAGCCGCCCGAGAGCCUGGGCUCGCCGGUCGAGGUCAGCCAGGAGGAGUGA